GGCAGCAGCGGCACGGACGUGGCCGUGGCGCAGCUGCAGCACAGUGGCGCUGUACACACAGUCUACAUCAGCGUCCCUUCUGGAGGCAGAGAGGGCGAAGUUUCACUCUGCAUUGCAGCCUGAGCGCUGCUGCCGGAAUCCAACACAACAAUGGCGACUCCCAGUCCUGACAGCAACUCCUCAAGCUCCAGCAACAGUAGCAGCAUUGUAGGAACCGCGUCGCACCAUUUCCACCCGCAGACGCACAGCAGCAGCAUGCAAGAAACCAACACCUGCUGGAGAUGUCAAAAUGAAACAGGGUUUCAGAUAAGCCUGUCUGGAGUGUCCCAAAGUAAACGUAAAGCUCUGAAGCUGAAUUUCGCCAACCCUCCAGUGAAACCGGCCUCCAGGCUCCCGCUCAAUCCAACGCCUCCGUCUUUCCAGAACCCUCACAUAGAGCGUCUGCGGACACACAGCAUCGAGUCGUCGGGGAAGCUGAAGAUCUCUCCGGAGCAGCAUUGUGACUUUACAGCAGAGGAUCUGAGAGACCUCGGGGAGAUUGGUCGCGGGGCGUAUGGCUCCGUGAACAAGAUGGUCCACAAACCCACGGGCCAGAUCAUGGCUGUCAAGAGGAUUCGCUCCACAGUGGACGAGAAGGAGCAGAAGCAGCUGCUGAUGGACCUUGACGUGGUGAUGAGGAGUAGUGACUGUCCCUACAUUGUUCAGUUCUACGGCGCUCUCUUCAGAGAGGGAGACUGUUGGAUUUGUAUGGAACUUAUGUCUACCUCAUUAGACAAAUUCUACAAAUAUGUAUAUUGUUCAUUAGAUGAUGUCAUUCCAGAGGAAAUAUUAGGCAAAAUAACAUUAGCCACCGUUAAAGCACUGAACCACUUAAAAGAAAACUUGAAAAUAAUUCACAGAGACAUCAAACCUUCCAAUAUUCUAAUGGACCGAAGGGGUAAUAUCAAGCUGUGUGAUUUCGGCAUCAGCGGUCAGCUGGUGGACUCCAUAGCCAAGACCAGAGAUGCAGGCUGCAGACCUUACAUGGCGCCUGAAAGGAUAGAUCCCAGUGCUUCCAGACAAGGCUAUGAUGUCCGGUCUGAUGUGUGGAGCUUAGGAAUCACCCUGUACGAGCUGGCCACAGGAAGAUUUCCUUACCCAAAGUGGAAUAGUGUGUUUGAUCAGCUGACACAAGUGGUGAAAGGUGAGCCUCCCCAGCUCAGCAACUCGGAGGAGAGGCAGUUCUCCCCCAAGUUCAUCAACUUUGUUAACCUAUGCCUUACAAAGGAUGAAUCAAAAAGGCCAAAGUACAAGGAGCUUCUGAAACAUCCCUUCAUUCUGAUGUACGAAGAGCGCUACGUGGAUGUCGCCAGUUACGUAUGUCGCAUCCUGGAUCAGAUCCCUGCCUCUCCCAUCUCUCCUAUGUAUGUGGACUGAUGGGGUUAGACUGGGGGGGGGGUGUCACCCAAUAUGUAGUGGAUGGGACAGUCAGCUUUAAGAUUCCACGCUUGACAUCUUGUCCAUCAGAUUUACGUAGGAUCACCUGUUUAUUCACACGUUCCAAAGAACAAAGGAACUUCAGUUCAAAUUGCCCGGUGCAAAGAGAUGAGCGCUGGUAAGCAAACCCUUCCACCUCCCGUCACCUCAUUUUAAAGUCAGUGAAAUCUGAACUGUUCUCAUCUUCAGCCAGGAAAAACUUGAAGACAUAACGUUGUCUUAGUAAAAUGAAACGCGUCUUUUUAUGUGAGGGUGGGGAAAAAGGAACAGAGUAUGCUUAUUGAAUAUGUUGUAGGCAAAUGCAGAAUCUACCAAAUAAAAUGUUGAACAGUGACACUCGUGACAUAUGAACAAAAAUAGCCACCUUUUGAAGUGUACAUUGUGGACUAUAUAUGCAUUAUGUGUGUUCACUUCUGCAUUGUUAACAUGUAGAGAUGUAUGCCAAUAGACCUACUGUCUAAACACACACACUUUUCAAGCAGUUUGUUGUGGGCACCUUCCCUCACGGUAAAUGAAUUGAGUAUGCAAAAGUGCUUGUCUCUGGACAGCUCAUUGAUUCGGUAGAGUGGCUUUACUUACUUGUCUCUUUCUCUCCUCUUUUUUUGUUUUUUUUAUUUUUUCCCCCUCCAAUAUGCAAUCUGUAAGUUUGCCUUGACCUAUGAUUGGGACAUACACAUCCAGUAUUGGCCCCAGUUUGUACCUUUUAUGUCUUAUAUUAUCAUUAGCAUCUUUGUUCGGAUUUGGUAAUGAAGUUGCAACUUAGGAAGUGGGCUAAAAAAAGAAUCUUUUUAGAUCCAGGUGGGCAGAAGGUCUUGUGAAUAUUCUAGAAAUACCAUUUGAACUGCAGCAGGUGUUAAACAACCAUGUGGGUUUUUUCCAAGAUCAGCAAUUUAUCUUUCAGAAAAAUGGAUGUUUAUCUCUGACUCAAACAAGGCACAAACUGGGACUAAACAAUGUUACAUUGCACGAUGUAAAGUUACUUUGGGACAUUAUGUCCUCGUGUGUGUGUGUGUGUGUGUGUGUGUGUGUGUGUUUCAGUUUGAGAACAAGCCCUAAAGCUCCUUAGCCUCCUGUCAUAUCACUGUACAGCUAAACCGCUCAUCCACACAGAUCACAGAUCCACCAUGCUGCCAUACAAAGGCAAAAAGUAAUGACUACCUUUCCGAACGGUCCUGGCAAAGGUUUCCUAAAAAAUUGCACCAUGAAUGCUGCUAAAUGACAUAAUGUCCACUUCAACCACACAACUUUCAGGGGAGGAGGAAGAUCACUCCUCACAUAGUUACUGCUAUUUGACUCAUAAGGUCACCAUAGACUCAGCAUGUUCCUCCGUGACUCGGCAUGUCUCUCUGGCUUGCACUGAUGAUAGAAUUUUUUUUCCCACGCCAAAAACUGUUUACUACUUUCGGGGUGUAUCUCCAUAGUCUAAAACGCGUUCCCUCACCUCUCUUCCUCCACCGGUACUGAUAGACUGCAGUUUACCGUAUCAGGACAGGUGAAGGGGAGGCCGCAACUUGAGACUAUUGAGAUCCACCUGCUGACGUUCCCUCUCAGAAAGGCAUGUGUGCCAGUCAGCAGUUGGUGGACAAACAUCACACAACUUGGAGUUAGCUACUUAACCAAACUGUCUGUAUGGGUGGUGGCACUCAAGACUGGGACAAGACUUGUAAUGUAAUAAAUUACUUUAAAGGAU